AAAAAUGGAGCAAAAGAGUUUUUUGUUAUCAGCAUUGAGUGUUGGUGUUGGUGUUGGAGUUGGGCUUGGAUUGGCAUCUGGCCAAACUGUUGGUAAAUGGAUUGGUUCUAAUGAAUCUUUGGAUAGCAUCUCUGCUGAUCAAAUUGAAAAUGAGUUAAUCAGGCUUCUUGUUGAUGGCAAGGAUACUAAAGUUUCAUUUGAUGAAUUUCCCUAUUAUUUAAGUGAGCAAACCCGAACACUAUUGACAAGCGCGGCAUAUGUACAUCUGAAGCAUGCCGAAGUUUCCAAGUUCACUCGAAAUCUUUCACCUGGAAGCAGGGCAAUUCUGCUAUCAGGGCCAGCUGAACUCUACCAGCAAUUGCUUGCUAAAGCGUUGGCAAACUACUUCGAUGCUAAGUUGUUGCUGUUGGAUGUAGCUGACUUCUCCAUGAAGAUGCAGAACAAGUAUGGCUGCAACAAAAAGGAACAUCGAAUUUCAAGGUCCAUAUCAGAAGCAACAUUGGGGCGUAUGUCCAGCAUGCUAGGCUCCUUCUCUAUUCUUCCUCCAAGGGAUGUGCCUAAAGGCACAUUGCGUAGACAAGCUAGCACUACAGAUGUCAUCAAAUCCGGGUCUGGAGACGGUGCUAGUUUCCCUCCCAAGCAUCGUAGAAAUGCCUCAGCAUCAACUGAUAUGAGUAGCCUUGCUUCUCAAUCCUCUUCAGCAAACUCAGUAAAGCGCCCAACAGCUUGGUCAUUUGAUGAGAAGCUGUUUCUACAAGCACUUUACAAGGUGUUGGUCUCUACAUCGGAAAAGAGUCCCAUCAUAUUGUACGUCAGGGACAUUGAAAGACUGCUGCUUCAGUCAGACAGGCUAUACAAUUUGUUUGACAAAUUGUUGAGCAAGUUGAGUGGUUCAAUCUUGGUGCUUGGUUCUCGUAUGUUAGAUGCUAACACUGAGUACGAGCAAGCGGAUGAUAGGCUUACCUUAUUGUUCCCCUACAAUAUUGACAUAAGGCCUCCAGUAGAUGAGACGAAUUUGGUUAACUGGAACUCCCAACUAGAGGAGGACAUGAAGACGAUCCAGUUUCAGGACAACAGGAACCACAUUGCUGAGGUUCUUGCAGCUAAUGAUCUUGUUUGUGAUGAUCUAGGCUCUAUCUGCCAUGCAGACACUUUGACCCUUAGCGAUCAUAUCGAUGAAAUUGUAAUGUCUGCAAUAUCCUUCCAUUUGAUGAAUAACAAGGAGCCAGAGUACCGAAAUGGGAAGCUGGUCAUAUCUUCUGGCAGCUUGUCCCACGGGUUGAGUUUAUUCCAGGAAGGCAAAAAAAUGGGCAGAGCCAAGAUGGAAACAAAUGGUGAAACCGGAAAGGCAGUGGAUGAUAAUGCUGCGGCGAAGCCAGAGGGGAAGAAUGAAACCUCUACUGGUGAAAGCAAAGGCGAAUCAGUCACUCUGACAAAGAAUGCUGAGAAUCCUCCCCCUGUGAAGGAAGUGGCUCCGGACAAUGAAUUUGAGAAGCGAAUAAGGCCAGAGGUCAUUCCUGCAAAAGAGAUAGGAGUAUCUUUCAAUGACAUUGGAUCCCUGGAUGAGAUUAAAGAGUCACUUCAGGAGCUAGUGAUGCUUCCCUUGAGAAGGCCAGACCUAUUCAAAGGCGGCCUUUUGAAGCCUUGCAGAGGUGUGCUGCUCUUUGGUCCUCCUGGUACUGGUAAAACUAUGUUGGCCAAGGCCAUUGCCAAUGAAGCCGGGGCUAGCUUCAUCAAUGUGUCAAUGUCCACCAUCACAUCAAAAUGGUUUGGUGAAGAUGAAAAGAACGUCCGAGCACUGUUCACACUUGCAGCCAAAGUUUCUCCCACCAUUAUCUUUGUUGAUGAGGUUGACAGUAUGCUUGGGCAAAGAAUUAGAGUUGGGGAGCGUGAGGCUAUGAGGAAAAUCAAGAACGACUUUUUGUCACAUUGGGAUGGACUUAUGACUAAACCUGGGGAGCAGAUUCUUGUUCUUGCUGCUACUAACAGGCUAGUUGACCUUGAUAAAGCCAUUAUCAGCCGAUUUGAGCAUAGCAUUCUUCGAUGUUAUUUGUAG